AUGUAUACAAAUCCUCAAGGCAAAAUUACUAAGGCGUUGAAUAUUGCUUGUCACAAAUCUUUGUUUAACAAAAAUUAUCUUCUACAUAUCAUUAUAUGUAUUUUGGGAUCAACGGGUCCAAUAUAUGGAGAAAUUAAAAGGAUUGGGGACACGCAAUUGGGUGUUCCAACUCAAUGUAUUUUACUCAAACGAUUAGCGAGAAAAAUUGGAAUCGAUCAAAUUUGUUCAAACAUCUUUUUGAAAGUGAACGCAAAAUUAGGUGGACAAAAUGUAAUAUUAACCAAUGAUCAAAUUGAUUUUGUAUCUUUAGAACCGACAGUGAUAUUUGGUGCUGACGUUUUCCAUUCUGGAAGAGGUGAUAAUAGGCCAAGUAUUUCAGCUGUAUGUGUCUCAUUGGAUUCAAAAGCUACUAGAUACGGAAGAUUUAGUGUUAAUAAGGAUCCUCAAAAUGAAAUUAUUGAAGAUAUCAAAGGAAUAAGAAGUUGGCUCCAGCUUGGAAACCAAAAUCCCAAGUAUAGUUUCAAAAAAAGGAAUUCGAAACUUUAG